CUGUGAUUUCAUUAGUGUCAUGUUACCGGUAUAUCGUACUGGCUCUUAAUGCGCAAGGUACUAUCCCAAUUAGAAACCUCACUCACUCCUCCGUGCUAUUGAACUUAGCCUUAUCCCAUUUCUAAGCGGGUUUUCUUUUUGGUAGUAAAUUUCGAGAAAGUUCUACUUCCAGUUUGGCUGCUAUUACUCCUCAUAGAAGUUGAGAAUUAUUAUUUUUUUCUCACUAGACUUUUCAGCUAGCUAACUGACAAACCAAAAAAAAACGAAGCGAUCAGUUUUGUUUUGUUUGUCUGGUUUUCUCCUGAAUAGAAUUGGUUUCUUUGUUGUUUGCUUCCAGAGAUUGCUUGAGCUUUCACUAAACCUCGGUGAAAUCUCGUUUUUUUCUUUUCCCUUUCCCUUUUUUUUUUGUUUAAAUAAAUAAAGAAGAUAUUUAUUUAUCUUGCUCCUGAAGAUCUUUGCGUCCAUUACUUUUGCUUUCUUUGGGCCUUUUUUGAUUUUUUGCUUAGAUUGUUCUUUUUCUUGUCUUUGAUUCCAGAAACGAAACCGAUUGUUUAAUUUAUUACAAAGGAAUCAAAGGUUACUGAUUGUACCAUUGCCCCAUUUUCUUUUUACACCUCCCUCUUUUAAUUUUAUUGUCUAUCCGAAGGAAGAACUCCUGUUUCUUUUUUUGUUUCAUUUAUUUUCUUUUUGUCAAGUCCUAUUUUGACCGUGUAAUUACACUAAACUUUCAUCCAACAAAAUGCCUGAAGAUGCCGGUAGACCCUGGAACCUUACAGAAGCCCAAGAGGAAAAGCUAAAAUUAUUUUGGACUCUCCUCUUCAAACUCUUUGAUAAGCCCAUCCUCGAACGAACGAACUCCUGGUCAACAGCGAAAACUCAUCUUUCCAGCCCCAGCUCUUCUGAAUAUCGUGGAAAUUCUUCUGAAACGAGCUUUGUGUCUUAUACAAAAUCACAAUUAGAUGCAUUUUCUUCUUCUCAUGCUUCGGAACCUAGAGAAGCAAAAUCCAAGUCCACAUGUUGCGCUGAACGUAUCGCCAAAAUUGCCUCUGAAUGGGAUCCAGAAGAAUUACGACUUGCUUUUUGGGAUACCGUGAAUUGUGACGACCCUGAUGGCCUUUUGCUUCGGUUCCUACGAGCUAGGAAAUGGAACGUUGAAGCCGCUUUAGAAAUGUUUAUUAAGACUGUUCAUUGGCGUAGUCGUGAAAUGAACGUUAACGAUAUUAUCUAUCAUGCUGACCAUCUUGAUAAAGACGACGAUUUCGUUCGUCAGUUGCGAAUCGGUAAAUGUUUCAUUUUUGGCGAAGAUAAAAAAAACCGUCCUGUUUGCUAUAUUCGUGCUCGAUUACACAAAGCCGGUGAUGUUUCUCCUGAAUCUGUGGAACGACUUACCGUUUGGGUCAUGGAAACCGCCCGUCUUAUUCUGAAGCCACCCAUCGAAACCGCUACGAUCGUAUUUGAUAUGACAGACUUUAGCCUUUCAAAUAUGGAUUAUGGUCCUUUGAAGUUUAUGAUUAAAUGCUUCGAAGCUCAUUAUCCUGAGUGCUUAGGUGAAUGUAUCGUUCACAAAGCCCCUUGGCUUUUCCAAGGUAUUUGGUCUUUUAUUAAAUCAUGGUUAGAUCCAGUUGUCGCUUCAAAGAUCAAAUUUACCAGAAAUGUUAAAGACUUGCAGCAAUACAUCAAAGCAGACAGCAUUUUGAAGGAAUUUGGCGGACCCAACCCUUGGAAGUACACUUACCCGGAACCUGGUCAGAAUGAAUCAGAGCCAUUAAACAAUGUUAAUGAGAGACAAAAACUGAAGACUAAAAAAGAUGAGAUUGCUCAGGAAUACGAAGAAGCUACCGUUGAUUGGAUUCUUAAUGGUAAUCCUGAGGACAAACAGCGACGCCGUAAGCUUGCUGGUCAACUUAUUGAAUCGUAUUGGUCGUUGGAUAAGUAUAUUAGAGCACGUUCCGUUUAUGACCGUAUGGGUCUAAUUGCCCCCAAAUCUUCUCAUCCAGUUUAUUUGUAUCAACCUAUGACUAACGAUGGCACACAAACAGCAGGAGAGCCCGUGGUUGGAGUUACUAACGAAGAAAAUUUAUAACAUGGAAAUGAAAGCAAGAAUGAUACAUUUUCAUCUUUUACUUGUCAAGUCCCUUUUGACUCCUCUGUUGACCUUUCUUUGGAGUGAACAUUUAGAAACUUCAUCUUAUUACGCAUUGCAGACAUAAUUGCUAUCAAAUUUCUUAUUUUUUUAUACUAUCUUCUCGCAUUCUCCGCUUUCUUUCCAUUUUAUUGAUGAGCCCUUGCUUGUAUAAAUAAUAACGCUCUUUCCCUUUUCACGCACUAAUCAGUUAAGCCUUUCUUUUAAUUUACAAUUUAACCAAAUAUGCUACAAAGUUUGAUCACAAUUUAACAUAGGGUAGCUGUCGUAAACACGGCAGCAACCAAUGUAUAAAAAACCUCGACAUUUAUGUUCUUUUAAAAAACUUUUGGCUAUGAUGUGCUUUUCUUUUUAUUUCACUACUGUAUUUAUUGCCAUCUAUACUAUUGAAGUACAGUGGUAUAGCUUAAAUGAAUGGGCAUUCGAUAAUUCUUUAACAAGCUAAGUAAUUUAUGCUACUACCAUUGUUAACAAAUGAUUCGCAUACGAUUUCCUUCGAAUCAAAACAAAAUUGCAAGGAGUUAAACCAUAUGAUAUAUAGAUUUUAUGUAUUGCUUCCAAUGAAAAUACA